ACUCGAAUGACAUCUGCAACAGGGGAGUCUACAAAUUCAAGAUGGCGACAGUAGUUUGUUCAGACCUCUGCGACAAGAAAAUAUAAUUGUCAUAUUUGAAGCUCAGGAUUGGUCAUUUUCCGAAUAAGAAUGAUUUGAUUGUUCAGAUCUGUUAGUUUCCAUAAAGCUCUGGAUGAAAAUGAUGUUUUGCUAGGUGCUAAAUUUACCGAAUCGGCCAGCGCCUUUCAUACGGGAAUCAAAAUUCGAAGAAAUCGUGGCAAAAAUAUUUGUAACGAAAGUUUCGCUGCAGAAGCAGUAGCAGUAGCCGGAUAGAAUUAGAUAGAACUGCAACUGCUGGGGAUGAGCAAAGGCUAUAUCAAGUUGCCGCAAUUUCCAGGGAGUGCAGCGAGUGAAAAUACUUCAAAGUUUCGUUUUAGUGUUAGGACGCCGACAUCUGAGAACGUACCUCACAGCCCAGGAACAGAUCGUGAGAGCGCUAAUUAUAUAGAAAUGAGUGAUGCUGAUGCACCUUUAAUACCCCCAAACGGGAAUUUCGACGAUGAAGAUUAUCUUUCUGAAGGAAACAGGCAAAGCUAUGGAUCCAACGGAAAUGACAAGAACAGGAGAAAAGGAAAUGGGUUUUGCAGCCAAUGUUGGUGGUAUCUUUGUUGUGGCUGGAAAGAUUGUUGUUAUAGAUUUUGUGAAUCUGCUGCUAAAACGUUUGGGAGAAUACCAGAUUACCAGCCCCGAAAAGUCUUUGUUGGGAGGCAGAAUGCUAAAAAAUUUCCAAAAAAUGUUGUGAGAAAUCAAAAAUACAGUAUAUUUUCAUUCAUCCCAUUGGUGCUUAUAAACCAGUUCAAAGUAUUUUUGAAUAUGUAUUUCUUGGUUGUUGCUCUGUCCCAGUUCAUCCCUGCAUUAAAGAUUGGAUACUUAUAUACCUAUUGGGGUCCACUAGGUUUUGUGAUAGCAGUUACAAUGGCUCGAGAGGGAUUUGAUGAUUUUAAGAGGUUUCUGAGAGACAGGGAAGCAAACUCACAGAAAUAUCACAAGCUCACUUCAAAGGGGACUGCUAGUGUUCCUAGUUCUGAUAUUGGAAUUGGUGACUUAAUCUAUGUUGAAAAGGACCAGCGGGUCCCUGCAGACAUGGUGUUUCUUAGAACUACAGACAAGUCAGGCACGUGUUUCAUUAGAACCGAUCAGCUUGAUGGGGAAACAGACUGGAAACUGCGCAUAGCGGUCGGUGCAUGCCAGACACUUCAGGAAGACAAUGAUUUGCUUCGAAUAAGCUCUUAUAUUUAUGCUGGCAAACCUGACAAGGAUAUUCACAAUUUCAUUGGAACAUAUUCGAGGAGAGAUGGAGACAGAUCUGAAGUUUCUUUAAGUGUCGAAAAUACACUUUGGAGCAAUACAGUCGUGGCUUCAGGCACUGCCCUUGGUGUUGUCAUCUACACUGGACGCGAGACUAGAAGUGUCAUGAAUACAUCUACCCCAGAAUCUAAAUUUGGUCUUACCGAUAUUGAAAUCAACAAUUUCACAAAGCUGCUCUUUAUUCUAACAAUUGCACUUUCUCUCGCAAUCAUGGGCCUAAAGGGUUUCACUGGUCCGUGGUGGAGAUACUUCUUCAGAUUCGUUCUUCUGUUCUCUUACAUCAUUCCCAUCAGUUUGCGUGUGAAUUUGGACAUGGCCAAGCUGGUAUACUCCUGGAUGAUAGGCCGGGAUGACAAAAUCCCAGGAACAGUUGUGCGAAGCAGUACCAUACCCGAGGAACUUGGCAGGAUCAAUUACUUGCUUUCGGACAAAACAGGCACAUUAACCCAGAACGAAAUGGUCUUCAAGCGACUUCACUUAGGAACAGUGUCGUUCGGAUCAGAUUCAAUGGACGAAGUUCGAUCUUAUUUGCGGUCAAUGUACGACCAAUCCAGUGAAACUCCAUCAGCGAAAAAGUCGGGCACCAAGAUUCGCAGAAAUGUCGUGACUAGAGUACAGGAGGCUGUGAAGGCGCUUUCUUUGUGUCACAACGUAACGCCUGUUGUUGAUGAGAUGGAGGAAAAUGCAGCGGUUGCCAAUGGUGAUGACAUUGAAAUGGCGACCAAAGGCGAUGCUGGAACAGUUAGUUACCAAGCAGCCAGUCCAGACGAGGUUGCCCUCGUGCUAUGGAGUGAAAGCGUCAGUGUGACAUUAAUCAGCCGCGAUUUGACUUCAAUGAAAAUCAAAGUUCCUUCAGGACAAGUCCACAAUUUCAUAAUUCUUCAGACAUUUCCUUUCACAUCAGAAACGAAAAGAAUGGGCAUCAUUUUAAGGGAGGAAAAAACUGGAGAGAUAAUUUUCUACAUGAAAGGCGCUGAUACGGUGAUGAACAGCCGCGUUCAAUACAACGACUGGCUGGAAGAGGAGUGUGGCAAUAUGGCAAGAGAAGGACUCAGAACUUUAGUCGUCUCUAAGAAAGUUCUCACUCAAGACCAGUAUGAUGAUUUUGAGUAUCGUUAUACGCAAGCUAAACUGGCCAUGGAAGACAGAAAUGCAAAGGUACUUGCAGUUCAGGAAAGCCUUGAAUAUGACAUGGAACUUCUGUGUCUUACUGGUGUCGAAGACAAGCUGCAGGUUGAUGUUAGGCCGACCCUGGAGCUUUUGAGAAAUGCAGCCAUUAAGAUUUGGAUGCUGACUGGCGACAAGAUGGAAACCGCUACAUGUAUUGCCCAAAGCUCUAGACUGGUUUCCAAAACACAGAGCAUAUACCCCUUCAAAGCAGUAACGAACAGGUCAGAAGCUCAUCUGGAACUAAACUCAUUCCGAAGAAAAGGCGACCAUGCGCUAGUUAUCAAAGGAGAUUCACUUGAAGUUGUUCUCAGACACUAUGAACAUGAAUUCAUGGAGCUAGCAGUUCUGUGUCCCGCCGUGGUUGUAUGUCGUUGCACGCCAACCCAAAAGGCCGAGAUUGUCAGGCUCCUGAAGACUCAUACUGGGAAGCGCACAUGCGCAAUAGGGGAUGGCGGAAAUGACGUCAGUAUGAUACAAAUGGCUGAUGCUGGCAUUGGUAUUGUUGGCAAAGAAGGGAAACAAGCCUCCCUUGCAGCAGAUUUUUCUGUGACGCAGUUUAGUCACGUGGGCAGACUCCUGAUUUGGCAUGGUAGAAAUAGCUACAAACGAUCUGCAUCUCUCAGCCAAUUUGUCAUCCAUAGAGGGCUGAUCAUUUCAGUUAUGCAGGCCGUGUUCUCUUUGACAUUUUUCUUCAUCUCUGUUUCACUUUAUCAAGGAUUUCUUAUGGUUGGCUACGCAACAGUGUACACAAUGGGGCCUGUAUUUUCGCUUGUUCUCGAUGAAGACGUCAGUGACGAAAUAGCAAUGCGAUACCCAGAGCUGUAUAAAGAUCUUGUCAAGGGUCGGAUUUUAUCGUACAAGACAUUCUUCUUAUGGUUGCUAAUCAGUAUAUAUCAAGGUGGCAUUAUAAUUUUUGGCGCACUUCUGUUGUUUGAAGAUGACUUCAUUCACAUCGUAUCAAUUUCCUUCACGUCUCUUAUUUUAACUGAGCUCUUAAUGGUUGCCUUGACGAUACGAACCUGGCAUUGGCUUAUGGCUGUUGCUGAAGUAUGCUCCCUCGCAGUCUACAUUGCAUCAGUGGUCGUUUUACGAAAAUAUUUCGAUGAAAUAUUCUUCACAUCUGGUGCGUUUUAUUGGAAAGUGACUGUUAUCACGCUGGUCAGUUGUUUACCUCUGUACAUUCUUAAAUUUCUUCGAAGGAAGUUCGCGCCGCCUAGCUAUUCAAAAUUGUCAUAAAAUUAAAAAAUAUUAAUGUUACGAUUCAAAUGUAUAGCAAGUAAUGUUAAUUAAUUAUAAGAAGCAGCUAACUUUAUUUGAAUUGAAGGCAAUAAUGAAUAAUAUUUGAAGCAGAAUAAAUGGUUUUGAGUGAAUUGUGUUAGCAAUAAGAAUAAGAUGUUAGUUUAUGUCUGGAAAUAAUAUGAAAAUGUGUCAAAGUAUGUAUAGCAAAAUAAUUAGACAAAUUAACUGAAUUUUUAGUCUGGUCGACCAAACAGCUUUUGUCGUCACAAGUUAUGUCAAAAUACCUAUUUAUUUUUUAGUUAAAUGACAAGCUUGAGUAUAUACUGAAUUAAUUUCGAAGGUGAAAUAAUAUCAUGAACCUAUCAUCCGACGUACUGUAUAUUGCCAAACAAAACCCUUUUUUUUUAAACUGGCCCUUUGUAAAUUAAAUGCAAUCCCAGUGAAAGAGAAGCGAAGGACACCAUAUACCCCGCUUGAGUCAGUUUGGCUCUGCUAUCCUCCUUCCAAAUUCACUUGUGUAUUUGUCACACCUGUGUCCAGGUUGCAUCCAAAAUUUGAUACUAAAACGCUGCAAUAUUUUCUAUCAUUUGCAAUGAUAUAAGCAAUAUAGAGUUUUCAAAGGCUUUUGGACGAUGACAAUAAUAUACCUAAAACGAAGUUGUUUUUCUCCAGCAAUAUUUCUAGAAAGAUAUUUAUUUAAUAGGCCUUUAAAAAGGCAGUCGAAAAGAUGUGAUUCGUUCAAUCAACAACUGAAGGUGUUACAAAAUUGGUCGUUGUUUGUAAUUCAAUGAAACAUGUAGCAUAAUAAGAAGUUAGCUCGCCAGAAUGUUAACAAGGAAGCAUAAUUAGAAGUUAGCUUGCCAUUUGUAAUAUACAGUGUAUUGGCCUACUGUGUAUGGACUAAUGUACAUCUGUCAGUUUUCAUGUUAAAAUCAGGUACGAAAUAGCGUGACGUAUUUACGAGUAAAACAAGAGCGUAUGAAAAACAGGCUUAAUAUCUCUAUUUUAGUCAGCCUGUUUUAUUUAUGAUGUCGCCAUGCUACAAUGGCCUAAAUAUUUAAGUGAAGUUGUUUUUUUGUUUUUUUUGUUGAUUUAAAGGGUGUACCAGCACUGUAUGAAAGAAAAAUAAUUGAUAGAUGUAGCGAAAUUGCGAGCAACUGCGAUUUUAUUUUGAUAACUGAUGUCUCAAAAGUCA